GGUCGCAUUACUAUCACCCGCUGUGUGUCUGCUGCUAAUCCAAGGGGGUCCACCUGUUAGUAGAAGCAUCAUUAAGCGGGCACUGUUGACCCCUCCGAGAUCAACACCCUAUAUUUUGACGUUCUUGAUGCGUCAGACAGUUGUGACCUCUCCAGACCCUUGUGCAUUGUUUCCCCUGACUGUGAGCUCUAUACAUGGGAAGACAACAGGAAUAAAGAGGACAGAUGGCAGGAAACGUUUUCUGUAACCCAUGUGACUCACACAGACAUCGGAGAUGAAAUCAGUUCUACGGGAUGGGGACUGAGAAGUUUCUACAAGGAAGUGUCUGAGCUAUUUGAAGAACAAGGUGAGAUGCAGUUGUCAGGAAACCAUGGGAACCUUCCCAUGAAGUCUCCACAAAGAAGUAAUGCUCCUACCCAAAUAAAAUCAACACCUUUGAGCACUUCUACCGGUAUGUACCAACAACAGAAGACAUCAUCCCCUGUGAAGUAUCAGCAAAGGAUUAACUCUCCUUUGAGAUCCCAGCAUAACAGUUCCUCUCCUGCAAAUGUGCUGCAUAGAAGUCCCUCUCCUGUAACAUCACAGCAAAGAAGUUUCUACCCUGUGAGAUCCCAGGAUAGAAGUUCUUCCCCUGUAAGAUCCCAACAAAGUAAUUCCUCCUCUCUAAGAUCUCAACAGAAUGAUUCACUUCUAAUGAGAUCUCCACAGAAAAGCUGCUCUUCUAUGGACUCCUACCAAAAGAACUCACCUGUGAAAAAACAGCAAAGAAGUGCUUCUCCGAUGAGAUCACAGCAAAGGAGUGACUCUCCUGUAAGAACCCAGUUGAGAAGUACCUCAACUAUGAGACCACAACAGAGGAGCGCCUCUCCAGUGAGAAACCAACCUUGGACUAACUCCCCUGUGAGAACUCCGACAAGAACUGUAUCUCCUGUUAGGUCACAGGCAAGAAGCUCUUCCCCUUUCAGAGAUCAGCACAGAAGUAUAUCACCUCACACUUUUCAACGGAGCACCUCCCCAACCAGAUCAAAUCAAAGAAGCGCGGAUGAUGUUGGCCAGUUUGGGAACUUCAUUAGAAGAUCUUCAGUACCAAAAACAGCUAAUGCAGAACCAUUCAAUAAAAACUGUGCUCAGAGAGGAAAUAUGGGUAUCUCUCGUUAUGGGACAGAUCGAGGUGCCUCCCAAUCAGCUUUCUCUAAUCACAGUGCAUCUCGUGUAAAACAAGAUCCUCCAAGUCUCGGAGUAAGUCGUCGACUUACAUCGUCCACUAGCUCCCUUGACUCUGAAUAUAGUCCACGAGGAGCAUCAAGUCGCAUGCAUUAUACCAUGCUUGCCGAUAUACCACAAGCUAAGCUCUUGAGACCUGACCUUAACCGAAAUGUCAACAAGAAAUCCCAAACACGCAGUCCUGGAAAAGCAGAAGUGGAGAGAAUAUUUGGAGAGGAACGGAGAACAGCAGAAGUGCUUGAAGCUUUUCAGGCCUUGGAGGCUGGACUAAUAGAGAGUCUUUCUGGGAAGAACACAACAAUGCAGUGGAGACGAGCAAGGCGACAGUCAACCCCAUGCCUGUACCCUGAGGAAUCUGUGCGAAUGCGCCAGGAGCUAAAGUUGCGGAGAGCGAGCCUGCACCCACCUCCAAGAACAGAUACGGAGUUCAGCAGUUCAAAAGCUAGAAGUGUGAGAAGCCGGGACGCCUCCCCACACCGAACAGGGGCUCAGGAGUUCAGCAGUUCAAAAACUAGAAGUGCGAGGAGCCGGGACGCCUCACCACACCGAACAGGGGCUCAGGAGUUCAACAGCUCCAAAGCUAGAAGUACAAGGAGCCGGGACGCCUCACCUCACCGAACAUUGACUCAGGAGAUCAGCAGUACAAAAACUAGAAGUGCGAGGAGCCGGGACGCCUCACCACACCGAUCAGGGGCUCAGGAGUUCAGCAGCUCCAAAGCUAGAAGUACAAGGAGCCGGGACGCCUCACCUCACCGAACAUUGACUCAGGGACGGAGAGCAUUCCCAGAGCCUGAGUGGAUUAAUCGGGAUAAAAUACUGCGACCAGUAGGAGCACAAGAGAAGAAAGAAGAAAACAUGUCUGAACUCGCCUGGAAAAAUCGUGAGACCUUCCUAAAAUCGGUGAGGCAAUAUAGGUUUAAUACAUCUCCCAUUCAGUAUUUUAUCACCAUAGAAAUUCCAAUAAACCUGGGAUAA